CACUGUUGCUGUGUCCAACUGCACACUUCCCCGCUACCGAGGAUCAGUGUCGGACCGACCAGCUUUCUGCAGGAAGAGUGAUAGUGUCAGAAACCAAAAGCCAUCAUGCCCAAAGUCGCUGUGCCCGCGGAGGAGAAGCCAGGGAAAACGGAUGAUAAUAUGCGCGCGAUCGCAGAGCGUGUUUUUGCAUCGGUAACCAAAGAUGAAGACGUCCGUGAGGAGAUCUCCCUGUUUGAUGUGGCUGAGGAUUGCCCUAUUCUCAACCAGGAGCUGGCCUAUCACAUAGCCGAGGAUGAUGACAUAGAGAAGCGUAAGAAGCUUCUCAGCCGUUCUCACGAGCUAGAUCAACCAACCUACUUGGAAGUGCCUGAUUUUCAGAGAGUGUCCAUCACUGGUGACUAUGCUGCUGGGGUCACCAUGGAUGACUUUGAGGUGUCCUGUAAGGGUCUAUACCGUGCCCUGACCAUCAGAGAGAAGUACAUGAAGCUAGCUUUCCAGAGAUUCCCCCCAACUCCAUCUCAGUUCUUAUGCAAAAUUGAAGGAGAGCAGUGGAAACCAGAAGAUCAGGUGUUUCCAGUCUUUACCUCUCCUCCCAAGGCUGGCGAGGAUCCUUUCUGCACUAAGGACUUCCCACCUAACCUUGGCUACGUUGCUCGCAUGAAGGAUGGUGUUAUCUUUAUCUACAAAGACGCAGCAUCUGCUGAUAAACACCAGCCUCUGAACUACGCCGGUCCAGAACUUGCCACUUUCAUCGAUGACAUGAACUUCCUCAUCACCUUGAUCUCUCAGGGCCCAACAAAGACAUACACUCAUCGUCGUCUAAAGUUCCUCAUGUCAAAAUUCAAUGUACAUGAGAUGUUAAACGAGAUGGAGGAAAUGAAAGAGCUGAAGAACAAUCCCCACAGAGACUUUUACAACUGUAGGAAGGUUGAUACUCAUAUCCACGCUGCCGCCUGCAUGAACCAGAAGCACCUCCUCCGCUUCAUCAAGAAGUCGUACCGUGUGGAUGCAGAUCGGGUGGUGCAUGUUUUGAAGGGCAAGGAAGUGACCAUGAAGGAGCUUUUUGAAUCUCUUAAGCUGCAUCCCUAUGACCUGACUGUAGAUUCCCUGGAUGUGCAUGCUGGCAGACAAACCUUCCAGCGUUUUGAUAAAUUCAAUGCUAAGUACAACCCUGUGGGUGCCAGUGAGCUGCGUGAUCUUUAUAUGAAGACUGAGAACCACAUCUCUGGAGAGUAUUUUGCCACCAUUAUCAAGGAAGUUGCCAGUGACCUGGAGGAUGCCAGAUACCAGUACGCAGAGCCCCGUCUGUCCAUCUAUGGCUGUAAUCCCAAUGAGUGGGCUAAGCUUGCCGGCUGGUUCAACAAGCACAGGGUGUUUUCUCCUCACCUAAAGUGGAUGAUUCAAGUGCCCAGAAUCUAUGACAUUUUCAGAGCCAAGAACUUUGUGCCACACUUUGGAAAGAUGCUGGAAAACAUCUUCCUACCUGUUUUCCAGGCCACCAUUGACCCUAACUCCAACCCAGAGCUUAGUGUCUUCUUGAAGCAUGUGACAGGCUUUGACAGUGUGGAUGAUGAAUCCAAACACAGCGGUCACAUGUUCUCCACAAAGAGCCCCAAACCUGAGGAGUGGGACAUUGUGAAGAGCCCCUCAUACACUUACUGGAUUUACUACAUGUAUGCAAACAUCGCCCGACUCAACCAUCUGCGCAAGGAAAGAGGAAUGAACACAUUCCAGUUCAGACCUCACUGUGGAGAGGCUGGAGCUGUCACUCACCUGCUGGCCUGCUUCAUGACUGCAGACAACAUCUCUCACGGCCUCAACCUCAAGAAGAGCCCUGUCCUGCAGUACCUGUAUUACCUGGCCCAGGUUCCCAUUGCUAUGUCUCCUCUCAGUAACAACAGUCUGUUCCUGGAGUACAACAAGAACCCUCUGCUGGAGUUCCACCAGAAGGGACUGAUGGUGUCCCUGUCCACUGACGACCCCAUGCAGUUCCACUACACCAAGGAGCCCCUGAUGGAGGAGUAUGCCAUUGCAGCCCAGGUGUUCAAGCUCAGCACCUGUGACAUGUGCGAGAUUUCCAGGAACAGUGUCCUCCAGAGCAGCCUGUCUAAUGAGGAAAAGACUCACUUCCUUGGUGCCAACUACUUGAAGGAUGGUCCAGAAAGCAACGACAUCCGCAAAACCAACGUGGCUCAGAUUCGCAUGGCCUACCGCUACGAGACCCAGUGCUAUGAGCUGAACCUAAUUAAAGAGGGCGUGUUGACUGACUAAAAAAACAUGCACAUAUGCAAAGUGUCACUGACAACAACAUUUCGGCUAAUAUUAUUGUGAAGCCCAUGAGAUAAUGCCCAUGAGACAGAGCUUAUAUCUUAAUGAGAAAUAACACUCCAUAUCCGAGUCUUCUUGUACACAGGUGUUUGUUGGCUAUGUCUGAUCUUAAGGUCUUACUGCUGUUUACAGUUUGCAGUUUACUAAGUUUACAUCCCCUUUGUGUCUUAUUCUAUCUUUAUCCUUAUUGUUUAUUGUAUCCUUAAUAUGUUUUAAGUGGUCAUGCUUUGGAAAAAAAGCCUGUUACAUACAGUUGACUCAAUAAAGAAAAUCUAUAUUUAAAAUA